AUGAUAAGAAAUAUUAGUUUCGCUCGAGUUCUUCAAAUAUAUUAUCCGUAUAAUAUGCAAAUAUUUCCACAUGUUUUCCCUGGCCAAGAUCCAAAAGAUUGUCCGGAAAAGAUGGGAAAGAACGCAGCAUUAGCUUCGAAAUGCAAAAAUGCUGAACAUCCUGAUAAAUAUGGCAACUACAGAGUGGCAAAGCUUACGCAAGUCAAGCAUCAUUGGUGGUGGAAGAUGAAUUACGUCUUUGACGGAGUGUUCGAUCGAUACGGUCUCACUGAUGCAUGGGUCCUUUUGCUUGAAGAAGAUCACUAUGUUGUACCAGAUGCACUACAUGUUCUGCAUAAUAUCAUAGCGAAUAGAGAAACGUACUGCGAGAAAUGUGAAAUCAUCUCGUUGGGUUUCUACCUUAAAUCGUUCACAGCUUAUGGACCAAAUAUUGCAAAACUUGGAGCGCAUCCUUGGUAUAGCUCGAAGCAUAAUAUGGGAAUGGCCUUUCGACGUGAGACUUGGAUGAAAGUGAAAGCCUGUGCUGAACUCUUCUGCAAUUAUGAUGACUACAACUGGGACUGGUCACUGAUGCAGGUCGUUGUACGAUGCCUCCCACAACGCUUCCGAGUGAUAUUCACAAAAAGUCCUAGAGUUAUCCAUAUUGGCGAUUGUGGUCUUCAUACGCACAGAUGCAAUGCCCACGACACGUAUACAUCAACACGAGCGGUCUUGGCAAAACACGCAAAAUCCUUCUUUCCAUUACGGCUCACCGUCACCGAUGUAUCAUUACGGUCUCCGAAGCCUUCGAAAGAAAAUGGCGGAUGGGGAGACAUACGUGACCACGCACUCUGUCUUGCAAAUACGUACCCGCUGAAUAAAACCGCUCAUAUGAUCCCUGAAUUGCAAGAAUUGAUGCAAUCCUCAGUUCAUAUUGCUUCUAACGGGCUUCGAAAAGAGGGUUUGUGA